AUGAGGAUCACGAACAUUUUCAUGUGGACUCCUCGGGUGGAGUUGCACCAUGUCUCGGGCAGAUCACUGUCUAGCUGCAUAGCUAAACUACGUCGCAAUUUUAGCUGGCUUUUCUCUAUCCAAUCUCCCGAGCCGGUGUCUGCCUGCAGUUUAAACGGUCUUUCUGAGCAUUCUUUUCAUCUCAAUGUUACCUUCGUCUCGGUGACCGGGUUUAUGACCUUACUAUCGACAUGCUUGGUGGCUCUGCGUUUCAUCUCACGCUCUCUUACGCUCUCCAUUAAGUUGGAUGACUGGUUCUGCUUUCUUGCUCUAAUCUUUUCCUAUGGGCUCCUAUGCACCACCGCUCUCGUCACAACGGUGGGGCAUGCGGGCAUCCACAUCACACAGUACAAGGACCCCCUUGUGCUAGAAAGAUACUUCCAGAUCACAUUAGCCGAUAUGGUAAUCUACAACGUCAGUGUUGGGUUAACCAAAAUCUCGAUUUUGCUGUUCUAUCGACGAAUUUUCUCCAUCAACAAGACUUUCCUAUUUUGCAACUGGGUGGCCACCGGCCUCUCCGCAGGGGCCUGUAUAGCUGCAGUCUCUGGGCUCAUCUUCUCCUCCGACCCUGUGGAUGCACAGUGGAAAUUCUGGGAGCCCAGCACGACAAUCCAUAACAAGAGCUUCUGGAUUGCUAUGGGUGCAGUCAACAUCCUUCUUGAUGUAACUAUUCUGAUACUGCCACAACCGGUGGUCUGGCGGUUGAAGCAGACACGCCGGUGUCGCAUUAUGCUUUCGCUGGUCUUCAGUUUGGGUGGCUUCGUCUGCGUGACCAGUAUUGUACGGCUGGUGUAUAUGGCCACGAUUGAUGUAACCGAUCUAACAUGUACGUGCUCCCCCUCGUUCUUUGGAAGACCAUUCACACUAACCACACCUCCUUUCCGUAAAGACACCUUCACCGUCCCCGGCAUUUGGACCACGGCUGGAGUGGCAUUACACGCCUCCGCCUCUUUCACAGUUGGAAGUCCGGCUUUGGUAUUCUUGGCUCAGUUCGAUACCACGCAGUCGGUUCAAGACAGGAGCUCUACAAUGACGUCGAAGCGGCAAGCCCCAAGAGGGCUAGCAAUUAUUGGGGUGAUGUGGCCCAAGUUCAUGCCUACACAAAAUUGCGGGGGAGUUAGGGUCCCGCAAACCAACUUUUUCCCAUUAUUGGAUUCAUGA